CCAAACGACUAGACGGAAAAGCGAGAUUGAAUGGAUUCUUGGCCUGUCCGAAAAUUUCUGCCACCUUUAAAUUGAUUACAUUACACCGCGGGACCAAGGAGAGAUGAAAAAUUGAUUAUUUUCCAAGCAGGACUCUUCGAACGAAAUCGGGCGGCAACUCCUCCACGAGCCACUCACAUCCAUUACGUCAUGACGCAUAGCGAGCACGCAUAUUUGCGUUUUUUUUUAACGUCCAACGUGAAACAGGAACGCUACUUUUGAUGGGGCUCAUUUAACAAUGCUCAUUUAUGAACAAAAUUCAGGCAAUCAUUUCGAUGAAGCUAAAGUGAAUGUGGGAGUGGCUCAUGUCGUGAACGUCUUACGUAAAAACGGGCAACAGCAAGUAAAAAAAACUUUUUUUUCUACUGGCGGAAAUUGGCUUCUUGUUUUGUUGAAAGAAAAAAAGUUUUCAUUCUUUUUUGUAGUGGUAAUGGGCUUCUAUACUUCUGUAAUACGCUUCCGUACGUGUGUGAUUGUUGCCAAUAAUAAAACGAAAUACCGUCUGUUAUUGAGAGAGUUGGGGGUACGCUCAGUUCGUCUCGCCAGCCGAGACGGAGGUGCUGCGAUUGACGUCAUCAAUAGCCGCCGCCGCCUCCGAUUGCUAUGGAUUCGGAACAGUAGUGCUUUGAAAACGUUCCACUUUUCAUCUCUCCUUGACCCCAGGACUUAAUGUAACCCACUGAAAGGUGGCGGAACUUUUCGGACACGCCAAGAAUUUCUUCAAUCUCGCUUCUGCUUCAAGUCGUUUGAGUGCACGUUGAAACGUCGAGGUCUGUUUAGGUUAGCCUACCCUUGUUUAGCAGCUAAAAGGGAGAACGAACUUGGGAUCAACACAUCGCUGAGCAAGCAAAACAUAAAGUCCCAAAAUGUCAGAUGUCAGUCAUUGUACUGAAAGCAAGGAGUCUGCGCGCAUGGAAGAAGAAGAGGAGGAAGAGUCGCCAUACAUCAAGAAGGCGGAGGAAGAGUUUGUCCACAUUAAAGAGGAGCAGGAGGAAUAUUUCAUUAAAGAUGAGAAUCCCCACAUUGAGCAGAAGCAGCAACCUCAUCCCCUAAAAAAGGAGGAGGAGGAUCUUCCAUAUGUUAAAGUGGAGGUGGGGGACAUCCCCAAGUGGACUGGUGAGCCCUUGAAGUGUGGAGAUUUGAGUGAGGCUAGCAAAGAGGCAGAGCGUCCGAGUGGCAGCAGCAGCAGUUCAACAGAAGGAGCCAAUACAGACAACCUCAUCGCUCAACCGUCAGAGAGUGACGACCCCACAUCACGCUCGCUGUUCUGUUUCAGAAAAUAUUGUGGUCCUGAGCAGAGAGAGUCAGAGUACCCUGACGUUAAAGAGGAAGCUGAGCACCCACAAAGGAAACGGGAAGAGCCACAGCACCGUCAACAGCAAAAGAGAGAAGAGCAACUUCCAAUCAAAAAGGACAAGGUAGAGCUUCUAUAUGUUAAAGAGGAGGAUGAUAUAACCAGGUUGACUGUUGAGCCCUUGAAGAGUGAAGAGGAUCUGAGUGAGACCAGCACAGGGAUGGAGCCUCCAAGCGGCAGCAGCAGCUCAACAGAAGGAUUGAUCGCUCCACUAUCAGAUAGCGAAGGCGCCACGUCACAUUCGCCUGGCAGUGAUGAUGAAGGUCAUAGAAAAGCUCACAGUGAUGACAAACUCUGCAAAUGCUCUCAGUGUGGCAAAACAUUUGCUACUAAGUAUACUUAUCGUACACAUAUAAGGAGCCACACUGGUGAAAAACCUUUUGUCUGCUCAGUUUGUGGCCAGAGAUUUACUCAGAGGGGAGGCCUAACACAACACACCAUAACCCACACUAAUGAAAAACCUUUCUCCUGCUCCGUUUGUGGCCAAAGAUUCACUUUUAGGGGAAACCUAACACAACACACAAGAACCCACACUGGUGAGAAACCUUUUUCCUGCUCAGUUUGUUGUCAAGGGUUCACUCAAAGAGAACACUUAAAAAGGCAUAUGAGGAGCCACACUGGAGAAAAACCUUUUUCCUGCUCAGUUUGUGGUCGCGGGUUCGCUCAAAGACAACAAUUACAAACACAUGCACGAACCCACACUGGAGAAAAACCUUUUUCCUGUUCAGUUUGCGGUCACAGGUUCGCUCAAAGACAACACUUAAAAACACACGCAAGAACCCACACUGGAGAAAAACCUUAUUCCUGCUCAGUGUGUGGUCAAGGAUUCACGCAAAAGCAAACCUUACAAAUACAUGAAAGAAACCACACUGGAGAAAAACCUUUUUCCUGUUCAGUUUGUCCUCAACGAUUCAGUCGCAAGAGCGCCUUAAAAACACACAAAAGAACACAUGCUGGUGAUAAACCAUUUCCCUGCUCAGUUUGUGGUCAGGUGUUCACUCUUAGGCAUCGCUUAAAAACACACGCAAGAACCCACACUGGAGAAAAACCUUUUUCCUGCACAGUGUGUGGCCAAAGAUUCACUCAGAAGGGAGGCCUAACACAACACACCAUAACCCACACGAAUGAAAAACCUUUUCCCUGCUCCGUUUGUGGCCAAAGAUUCACUUUUAGGGGAAACCUAACACGACACGCUAGAACCCACACUGGUGAGAAACCUUUUUCCUGCUCAGUUUGUUGUCAAAGGUUCACUCAAAGAGAACACUUAAAAAGGCACACAAGAACCCACGCUGAAGAAAAACCAUUCAACCCUUAAAAAGUAAAUAUGGCGGACAACAUAGACAAGACUGAAAAAGCAGAUUCUGCUCUUGCACACCUCUUUAAAAGAAACUGCAGUAUUUUAAGUCAAAACAACUGUGUUUGAAAGAACAAUAUGUUUAUAUGCUGCCAUAGCAGAUUCAUGGCUCAAUAAGCCCCCGAGCUAUUUUUAAUUUGUCCGUUUUACCUUGAAAACUUUUGCUUGAACGUAGCCAUGAAAAGACGGUAAGUAAUUAUAUAUAUUAUUCAAAAUGUCUGUCAUUUUUAGUUUAGAAUCAUUCAUUGAUGUCUAAUAUUUAGUUUAAAAAAAAAAACGACUUAAAAAAAUUAUUCACUCCCAUAUUUUAAACUUUUAAACAAGUUACGACACAAUGAAAAAUUUGGUGUCUGUAAAAAAGUAACGGCUAUCUACCUCAUAACUAUCGCUUAAUUGUAUUUUUUUUGUGACUGUCGCAUUUUCCCCGAUAUGUUAGAUGAUAAUCAAUCCAAACAAAAAAAAAAGAAAAAUAAUGUUUAAAAGGGUAACGAUAUGCAAAAGAAAAUCUCAACCAUUCCUUGUUGUAUGCGAUUUCUGCAUCGCGGCCCUUGUUAUAUCACCAUGUUUCACCCUUAAAAUCCCCCAAAAUAUCUGGCUGUGGCCAUUCACAGCUGUGUCUUGACACUGGGUGAUACAUGCUACAUGGAGUUUUGAGAGCGAAACAAGAUAAGUACGCGAUAAUAUCUCGUUAAAAUCGUGGCGUCUUUAAUUCUGCUCUCGCGUGCUCUCGCCUCCAGUUAGGGUUUUGCUGUUUAAAAAAAAAUGUUUUUUUUCAAAAUGCCCUCCUGUUCAAAAUUUUUCUUCCCCCAGAAAAUUUUGAUUUUAAGCUUUCCAAUGAUGUAUCACACAUGCAUAUCGGACAAUUUUGAAAUUUAGCCAAAUUGGGGGUCUCAGAGCGGAACUUCAAGUCACCUGAGUGUUUUCUGCCAGAUAUGUAUAUAUAUAUAAUGUGUAAUUAGGCCUGAAUGGUAUUGGAGAAAAUUAACAUUGCGAUAUAUAUUGCCAAGUCAAUACACUUACUUUUUGCAUUGGUUGUACUGAACUUUUUUCUUAAGGUGCACCAUAACAACAUGUAGGCACACCCACAUUGUUCAUUGCAUUACCUUUAACACCUUACAUUCACUCUCCAUAACAUUCAUAUAAAUUCGCUCACGCUGCCAACAACAGCCUCUGCAUAAUAAAGAUUGGCACAUUUGGGCCUUUGAUCAUAGAGCUACAGGGCAAUCACCUGCCAGAUCAAAGCUACAAAUGUGUCAAUCAUUGUUAACUUUAACUAGCAAACUCUUGCUGCACAGCUGACCAAGAAAAACAUUAUUAUAUAUUUUUUUAAUUAAAAACCCGAUUCCAAUCCUCUGAAAAAUUAUCUGAUCACGUGAUUGGAUCAGGACAUCUCUGAUACAAACCAUCUAAGGUCGGACGCGACACAACUUACAAAGCUCUUAAGAUGGUGAUUACGUCACCCACGCACCUUGUUCGAAAGUGCGGAAGCGGAGCGUCUUCUUCGUUUUUACUUGAAGUCAAUGGACCAAGUAAAAUGGCAGUUAAUUCGCUUCGAGAGAAACCCUUUGAGAACACCUCAUAUCUAAACUGGGGGGGAAAUUAUUGAUGAGGUUAUUAUUAAAGGGAACCUUGGACUUAAAGACUUGUAGGCUCUAAUAAGCCACAAUUGUUUUUUUUUUUUUAACUUAAAUAUGUUAAUAGAAACAAACAAAAUAUUGCAAUUGAUUUAAAAAUCUAUAAUAUUUAGUACAUGUUUUGACCUACGUAGGACGCCAUGUUUUAUGGACGCUUGGGGUGAUAACAUCGAUUGUCACUAUCACUCAACAAAUACAACCGGGUUACUGCAAUUCCUUCUACGCCGCUAGGCGUCCAACACAUGCGCUUUCGGUUAAAAGCAGCAAGUACUCACUAUUUGUGUUUUUAUCAAGUCUUUUAUUACCUUUUCAUGGCCUCAAAAUACUUUUUUGCAUGUGUUUCCCUCUCAUACUUUUAAACAUUGUUGUCUUGUGGUAGCUUGAAAGCAGAUUGUUGAUUUAUUGACCACAUUAAUCACGUGGCAUAUUUAAACUAGGGCUGUCCCAAACGACUAAUUUUCUCCCGAUUAAUCAGCCGACUAUUUUUACGAUUAGUCGACUAAUCUUUUAAUUUUUUUAAAAUAAAUUUUUUUUUUUUUUUUUUAAUUUUUUUUUAACUAAUUUAGCAAUUAAAUUUUUGAGACGCUUAUCAAUUCACAAAACCUUUUUUUUUUUUUUAAACUAAUUUAGACAUGAAAUUUUUGUUGACGCUUAUCAAUUCACAAAAACAUUUUGGAACACUUAAAUUCUUUAUUAAAGUACAAAUAAACAGAUAAAUAACAAUAAUAAAUCACAAACAAUGAGUUCAAAUGCUGAUAGAAUUAACUUGUGCAAAAGAAUGGAAUGUAAACAGAUUCAGAACACUGACUUCACCUUUCCAACAUGAUUCAAAACAAUUCUUCAAAAAAUACCUAACACUUAUAUUAUAGUAUACUGUAGUAUUAUAUAUAAUCGUAUUAUAAUAAUUAUUCAUUGCCAGAUUUUUCAUAAAGGGUGUCAUUUUAAAGGUAUUCUUAGUGUAGAAUCUGAAGUAUGUGGGAUUAACUCCAGAAAUCGUUGUUUGAUUUGAUUUGAUUGAAUUUUAUUUCGAAAACAUGCAUCACAUUAUGGAUAUACAAGAAUACAAACAAAACAUAAGAUUCGAAAAGGAGUAGGAAGAAGUAAAAACUUAUAUGAAUCCUACCCCUUUGUCCACUACAUUCUCAUCAGCAUGAAUCAGACAAAACAAAUACAAUUCACAUCAGUUCAAUAAUGCCUAAUGAACAAUUGUUGGCAUUACUCAACAUUUUCUCAACAUAAAUACUAUAAUUCAUUUCUAUAAUUACAGAAAACAAGAUCUUUGUAUUUUCUCUUAAACACGCUCAAAUUAGCGCUUUUCUUUAGGUCCUCAGUAAGUUUGUUCCACAAGUCCACACCUAAAAUUGAAGGACAAAAACUCUUUUUUGUUGUACGGUGGUAUUGCUUUUUGAAAUUUAACUCCCCUCUCAGAUUAUACCCUCCUUGUCUAUUUGAAAACAAAACUUGUAUAUUUCCAGGUAAUGCGUUUUUCCGUGCCUUGAACAUGAUUAUGGCCGUUUUGAAUUUGACUAGAUCCAGGAAUUUUAACUGCUUGGAUUCCAAGAACAGCCUAUUUGUAUGUUCGAGGUAUUUAGCCUUGUGCACUAUUCUUAUUGCCUUUUUUUGAAGAACCACAAGUGACUGUAAAUUGCUGGGAUAUGUAUUGCCCCAAACCUCCACACAGUAGCUGAGGUAUGGCAUUACUAAUGAAGAGAACAAGAUAUGGCGUGCUUUAUAAUUUAAAAAGGGUUUCGUUUUGUUCAGUAGUCCAACACUUUUUGCCAGUUUUGUUUUUAUGUGCUUUAUUUGUGACUUCCAAUUCAACUGUUCAUCCAGUAUUACACCUAAAAAUUUAGUCUCAGUUACUCGCUCAAUUUCGCUAUUGUCUAUAAUUAUCUUUUCUUCAGUUUCUUUUUUUUUAUUUCCAAACAAAAUAUACUUAGUUUUUUCAAUAUUUAUUGAUAAUUUGUUUAGCGUGAACCAGUGAUUCAGAUAUGUUAAUUCAGUCAUUACCUCAUGCAUCAGAUUCGUUAAAAAUUUUCCUGAGCAUAGGAUGCUGGUGUCAUCUGCAAAGAGUAGAAAUUUUAAUUUUUUAGAUGUCAUACAUAGGUCAUUGAUAAAUAGUAUAAAGAGUUUUGGACCCAAUACAGAGCCCUGUGGUACUCCAACUGUAAUGUCCGAUAAUGAUGAUCUGUAAUCACCAAUCUGUACAUACUGCUUGCGAUUUCCCAUGUAACUUUUUAACCAUUCCAGAACAAUGCCUCUAAACCCGUAUCUUUCCAUUUUCCCAAGUAAUAUAUCAUGGUUUAUUGUAUCGAAUGCCUUUUUUAAAUCCACAAAAACACCAACUACGUGAUUACCUUUGUCAAUACAACUAGAUAUUUCUUCAGUAAGGUCAAGCAGUGCAAGUGCAGUUGAUCUUUGUUUUCUGAACCCAUACUGGCUUUCCGACAAAAUACUGAAUUUUUCCAAGAAAAUUUUAAGUCUCUUUUCGAAUAGUUUCUCCAGUAUUUUUGAGAACUGGCACAAUAGAGACACCGGGCGAUAAUUGGAAUAUAAUUUGCUGUCACCUGAUUUAUAAAGUGGAAUGACUUUGGCCGUUUUCAUUUUCUGUGGAAAAAUUCCAGUACUAAAAGAGAGGUUGCAGAUGUAGGUUAGUGGAUUUACCAUACUAUGUAUUACAGUUUUUACAAUCGUCAUGUCAAUCCCAUUGCAAUCCGUUGAAGUCUUGUUUUUGAAUGUAUUUACUGUAUCAAUAACCUCCUUGUUUUCCACCUUGCUUAGAAAUACUGAAUUUGGAUUUCUUGAGAUAUUUUUAAAAACAGUUGGAUCAAUGAUCUGAUUUCCCCCAAUAUUCGCAGCCAGCUUCUCCCCAACACUUACGAAAUAGUCAUUGAAUCCCUCAACUAUGUCUUCCGGCUUGCUAAUAUGUUCGUCCUCCCUAAGGAAAAUGUUUGGAUAGUCUUGAUUAGUUGUAGUGUUCCUGAUUAAAUUAUUAAUUAAUUUCCACAUACCCUUUACGUUAUCUUUUUGUUUUUCUAACUCUUUAGUAUAAUAGUCUUUUUUAAAUAAUUGCAAUAUACUAUUUAAUUUAUUUUUAUAUUUUUUAUAUUUGAGCUCUGACUCUUUUGUUUGUUGUUUUAUAAAUUGUUUAUAUAGCAAAUUAUUUUUCUUACAAGCAUUUUUUCGACCCUUUGUGAUCCAUGGUUUAUCAUCAUUUUUCAAAUUAAACUUACUUCUUCUUAUUGGACAGUUUUUGUUGUAUAAAGAUAUAAAUACCUGUAAAAAGUAUUCGUAAGCAUCAUCAACAU